AUGGGGAAUUGCUUCAGCGGGGGUGCAACGCGGGAGGCCCCCUCGGCCAGGGCCACCUGUGCAGGGCAGCAGCCCGACCAGCUGGGCGUGAAAGACCGGGUGCUACACCCCGUCAUCCAAAGCCCGACCGGGGCGCUGCAAGUGGCCGUCAGCCAGGCGCGCUAUGCGGCGGCACCUGGCGCCGACCCCUCGCCGCUCCUCGUCAAGCAGACGCCCGGCGGCAACGCCUUCAUCGCCCUGUUUGAGGGGCUGGGCCAGGAGGGGCGGGCCGUGGCGGCCUUCUGCCGCAGCAAGGUUUUCGAGCUGUUCCAAGAGUGCAGCGUGCGCCACGUGGGCGCCCCGCUGGACGCCCUCAAGGAGACGGCUGCCCGCCUGGACGCUGCCAUCUUUGCCGCCGACCGCCUGCCACACGCCAAGUCCCGCAGCGGCGCCUCCUGCGUGCUAAUGCUGCUGGAUCUGGGGAGCGGGCGGGCGUACUGCGCCAACGUCGGCGCCGCGCACUGCCUGCUGAGCCGCAUCGAAGGCUCCUUCAACGCCAAGCAGCCCCAGGGCUUCUUCCUUUCCAGCGAGCACAUCACCAGGAACAGGGAGGAGCUGGUCCGGCUGCAGCAGCGGGCGCCGGGUGAGGGCACGCCGCCGGGGGCGGCGGCCGCGGCGGCCGGCGGCGGCGAGGCGGAGGUGACUCGGGCUCUGGGGUUCAUGGAUGCCAAGCGCCAGGCAGGCGAGGCCAGGGGAGAGGGGGAGGGGUCCCAGGGGUGGAUUUGGGGCGGCAGCGGGGCGCUGGUGUGCGAGGCGCACGCCGCCGACCACGGCCUGACGGCGCCUGACCAGCACCUGGUGCUGGGCACCUCCGCCUUCUGGCAGCUGGUGGGGCCCACUGACUGUGCUCUCAGGGCGCACUUCCACGAAAAGUCUGCCCCCGCCGCCUGCUCUGCCGUGUGCAGUUUGCGCGGCGGGAGCUGGAGCGGGCGGCGGCGGCGGCGGCGGCGGCCGCCGCCGCCGCGGGCCGUCCCGCCCGACGCGCCCACCCCCUCGCUGCUGCGGGCCGCCAACACAGCAGAGCACUUGGUUUACUGGGCGCUUGAGAAGGCCACUCGCAAGCUGGCCCGCCUGCAGCAGCCCAGCAGCAGCGGCGGCGGCAGCGGUUGCACCGGCACCGGCACCGGCCUGCCUCCAUCGGUGGCUGACCUCAUGGCGCUGCCCUUGCAGCGCCCGCCGGCGCCGGCGCCAGCUCCGGCGGCUGCUGGGGCAGAGGGGGCAGCGCCAGGUGAGCUCGGCGAGCGGCGGCAGCAGGAGGAGGCUGGGGAGGGGCAGGGGCCGCAGGAGCGGGGGCAGCAGCCCCGGCAGCUGGUCAGGAGCGACGUGCACGGCGAGCUCGGUGUGGUGGUGGUGACGCUGCGGCGCCAGGACCAGAGCAUGGACGGCGGGCUACGGGAGGUGCUGCUGGCGGCGGCGGCGGCACGGGCGGGGGCCGCGCCCGGGCGCCAGCAGCAGCCCGCCGGCGGCUUCCUGGAGCGCCACGCGGCGCGGCGGUGGGGGCAGGUCCGCAUGCUGGUGCACUUCUACAAGGCACACAGGCGCGUGCUGCUCGGGCGGUGGUGGGAGGCUCAGGAUGCGCUGUUCAGGCGGGGCCGCAUAGCCGGCGCCGCCGCCGCCGGCCGCGCCAACCUGUUUGGCGGCGCCAGCCCCCGCAAGCCGUCGGCGGAAGCCGCGGCGCGGGCCGCGGCCAAGGGCGGGCGGGGCAGCGCGGGCGGCUCGCCCGCCAAGGCCACGCCGCCGCUGCGCAGCGGUGAGCACGGCAUCAAGGCGGUCAGGGCGGCAGGCGCCGGCGGCGCCGACAGCAGGCGCUGA